AUGAGAGAGAUCAUCUAUAUUCAAGCGGGAUCGCUUUCAAAUCAUAUUGGAACACAUUUUUGGAAUGCUCAGCAGAGCUACUUCACUUAUAGCGAGGACGAGGAAGUCGUAAUCAACCAUGAUAUCUCCUUUAGAGAGGGUCUCUCUCCGCAGGGAGGCUCAACGUACUGCCCUCGAUUGCUCGUAUUUGACAGGAAAGAAAAUUUCGGCGCUCUCUCUGUAGGUAUAGAAAUGUCCGAAGAAACUGAUCAGGAUCCGACCCUUCUUUGGAAUGGCGCUGUUCUUGAGGUCCGGCAGGAUCUUAUACCUGAAGCUACAUACCAGACUCUUCUAGACCAGGAAGUAGAUGAUGAUCCAGACCAAUCGCAGGAUCCAGUACAGGACGAGCCUGUGCAAGCACUGCACAGCUCGGACGUCCGUUACUGGUCAGAUUUCAACCGCGUCUACUACGUGCCGCGGACCAUCCAAAAGCUUCCAGAUGUAGCAGAAUGGGAGAACACAGAAGGGAACUGGCAGCUAAGUAAAGAUACCUUCGAGCGUUAUGAUACAGAGACAUUUUUGAUGGAAGAGCCGUUCCGCCUAUUCGUUGAAGAAUGUGAUAGUCUACAAGGUAUUCACGUCACUGUGGAUAACGCGACCUUCGGUGCCUUUACAGACGCUUUUCUCACUUCUUUCAGAGACGAGUUUUCCAAGCUUCCUUCACUGGUUUUUCCUAUUCUAUCGAAUGCCGUUCCCGAUCACAUUGAUGUCGACUCAAUGGUGGGUAUCAGAAAGGCCAUGAAUGAUGCAAUGUGUCUGCGAGGCUUCAACGAGAUAUCUUCUAUGAAUAUCCCUCUUCAAAACCCUCUGAACUGGAGAGGAGGUCCUUGGUUAGAUGGGCUCGAUCUAGAUCUCCGGUCGCCCUACGAGGUUUCCGCAGUCCUGUCUGCACAUAUUGAAACAGCUACACUUCCUCUCAGACUUAAAAGUCCGACCGCUCUGGCGCAGCUCUGCAAACAAUCAAACUUUUUCGGCAACACCCCGUUCGCCGAACUAUGUGGUGCCUUUCCGGUAAUCAAUGCUGAGCUACUCGACCAGCAUACGUACAAUUUUACUGGAUUCCAAUCAGAUGUGCGUGUCGAACGCCAGUAUGAUGAAUUUUCUCAAGGUUUGAAGCUCCGAGGCGCUCUAGUGUCGAGGUACGAUAGCAGUAUCGUCUCUUCACUCAUCUCAUUGGUCUGCAUCGCACAUGUUUUUAGUAUUCAUACGCCGAUUGGGUACCCUCUUCCCACGUCGUUCCCGUCGUUCUUCCGUGCACAGCAUCUGAACGCUGCUCCAAGACGGACAACACGUGGAAUCGUUGCCCCUCCUCGCUCUGCGCCUGUACUUUCGUCGCUCGAGCUCUCGGGGGCGAUGCCAUCACUCUUCGAACGCUACGCAAUAUUGAUAGAAGAUUGCAUCAGACGAAAGGUGGACUGGCAAGUGAUUGGAGUGGGGAUCGAUGAUGAUGGGGUGCGGGAGUUGAGAAAUGACUUAUGGACUCUGAGCGAUAAUCACCGCGCGGGA